AUGACUUAUGUCGACCUGGCAAUCUACGCCUUUGUCGGGAAUGUCAUUGAUCGAUCCCAGGGAGAGAUCGACAUGACGCAGUACAAGAACUUAUACAAGACUUUGAAGCAGUUCUUGCUGAUUCUCGUACAAAGGGAUACUGCAACAAGCAUUUUGUUGUCUAGAUGGAACAUCGAGCUUGUUAGUGAGCCAGCGACAGGUCUGAUGGAACAAGCCUAUUUUCUGGUGUUACCGAAUUUUGAAAAAGCACUUUUAGAUUGUGAACGAGAAUGCAUACCUUUCACGGACGUCCGAUUCAAGUCCGAAGAGUGGGCUGAGGAAUACAAGUCGAAGGCACCAAGUGGCAAGGCUCCCUGGCUGCAGUUUGACGAUGGCAGCUAUUUGACUGAAAGCAGGGCCAUUCUCCUGUACGCUGCAUCGAAGUCGGGCUUGGUUCCUACUGACUUCACGGACCUAGCGGUUUGCGAGCAAGCCUACAGUGUGGUGUUCGAUGCGUAUCCGUAUCUGGGAAAUAUUGCGUUCAACAGAGGAGACAAAGAGGAGAAUUUGAAGAAUGCAAAUGAGCGCCUUGCAGCCGCAGACAAGGUCAUAGCCAGCCGGCAGUCGAGCGAAGGCUGGGUAGAUGGUAAGGCCAUGACUUAUGUCGACCUGGCAAUCUAUGCCUUCGUCAAGAAUGUCGUUGAUCGAUCUCAGGGACAUAUCGACAUGACGCAGUACAAGAGCUUAUACAAGACUUACGAAGCGGUUCUUGCUGAUUCUCGUAUCAAGGAAUACUACAACAAGGAAUGA